GCGUGGGGGGUGGGGGGGAUCCCGUGUCGCCGCCGCCACCCUCCACUGGAUCUAUUGUCAGGGAAGGAGGAAAUUGCCAUCCGCCGGCAGCGGCGGCACAUCUGGGCGGGCACAUCUGGGCAUGCAACAUCGGCUGCCGGCGCCCGCCUGCUCCGUCCUCCUGCCGGCCGCGCGGAUCGCUGCGGGGCGCGGAAAGGCUGCCACUCGUCCGCCGCCGGGUCCAUCGUCGGGACCGAACGCAGAACCGGGGGGUGGGGGGGGGGCUGGGGAUAAAGGCUGCUUUUUUCUUCUUCCCCUGGGAUCUAUUCCAUGGGGAUGUGUUCAAGACAAGAGAGGAUUCAGAAGGAUAUUGACGUUGUGAUCCAAAAGUGCAAGGCGGAGAAGGACUGCCUGUUUGCAGAUUUCAGGUACUCAGACUCCACCUUUACCUUCACCUACGUUGGAGGCUCCAAAAGUGUAUCCUAUUCAGUGCACGUCUCUGAGGACUACCCAGAUAACACUUACGUUUCCAGUUCUGAUAAUGACGAAGAUGUAUUAGUUACAACAGAGCCAAUUCCAGUAAUUUUCCAUCAAAUUGCUACAGAAUUAAGAAAAACCAGCGAUGUCAACUAUUGCUUAUCCAUUAAAGCAAAAUUACAGAGGGAGAACGGAGAGGAGUCACAGCACAACAGCACACUUGAAGAAGACUCUGAAGGAGAUAAUGAUUCUGAGGAAUUUUAUUAUGGAGGACAGGUUAGCUAUGAUGGAGAACUUCAUAAACACCCGCAGCUGGAAGCUGAUUUGAUAGCAGUGAGAGAGAUCUAUGGACCUAAUGCAGUAUCUCUCAGGGAAUAUGGAGCCAUUGAUGAUGUAGAUAUUGAUUUGCAUAUUGAUGUUAGCUUUCUUGAUGAAGAGAUUGCUGUUGCUUGGGAUGUAAUUCGCACAGAGCCCAUAGUGGUGCGAUUGCACUGUUCACUUACACAGUACUUAAGUGGUCCAGUGCCAACUGUGGAUGUAUUUCAGAUCUCUACUAAAGAAAGAUUUGGUCUGGGACAUCAGUUGAAAAAAAUAAUGCAGACAUUUGUAACACAGCAGUGGAAGAAUAGCAAAGAGAAAUCUAAUUGUACGCACAAUAAGAAGGUGUCUGACAAAAAGGUGAAAUCCCCUCUGCACAUCUUUUCUACAUUGCGCAGGUCGCCAAGUUAUCCUCCACCUGGCUGUGGUAAAAAUAAAUCAAAACUGAAGUCAGAACAAGAUGGCAUCUCCAAAACUCACAAGCUACUGAGAAGGACUUGUUCCAGCACAGUUAAGGCAGAGGAUGUGUGUGCCACAAAAUCUCAUAGAACCUUUGGCCGCUCAUUGUCUAGUGACCCCAGAGCUGAACAGACGAUGGCUAUUAAAUCGCACAAACUCUUGAACCGUUCUUGCUCUGCAGCUGUCAAGCAGGAGGAGUGCAUUACUUUAAAGCCCCACAAGUUAUUAAGUAGAUCAUGUUCUGGGGAUCCUCGAUGUGAGCACAACAGCACCUUGAAGCCCCACAAACUUUUAAGCAGGUCUUACUCUAGUAAUCUUAGAAUGGAAGAAUUGGAUGGAUUGAAGAAUCACAAAUUACUCAGCAAGACCUACUCCAAUGCCCCUAAAUCAUCCAAAAUGGAGCCUUUCAAGGAGUCCAACAUAGCAGAGGGCAGGCGGCUCUCUCUUACCUCAGGGCUUAUUGGUAUCUUAACACCAUCUUCAUCAUCACCUUCACAAGCUGCUCAAAACUAUGGUGCAAAAUGCAUUCCGGUACGAGACCGUGGCUUUCUUGUGCAGACUAUUGAAUUUGCUGAGCAGCGGAUACCAGUAUUGAAUGAAUACUGUGUAGUUUGUGAUGAACCCCAUGUGUUCCAGAAUGGUCCUAUGCUGAGGCCCACCGUUUGUGAACGGGAGCUCUGUGUAUUUGCUUUCCAAACAUUAGGAGUAAUGAAUGAAGCUGCUGAUGAAAUUGCAACUGGGGCUCAGGUAGUUGAUCUAUUAGUAUCAAUGUGUCGGUCUGCAUUAGAGUCACCUAGGAAAGUUGUUAUUUUUGAGCCAUAUCCUUCUGUAGUUGAUCCUAAUGAUCCUCAGAUGCUGGCCUUUAACCCUAGGAAGAAGAAUUAUGACCGAGUCAUGAAAGCGUUGGAUAGUAUAACUUCUAUUAGAGAGAUGACACAGGCACCUUACUUGGAAAUAAAGAAGCAGAUGGAUAAACAAGACCCACUUGCACAUCCUCUUCUACAAUGGGUUAUUUCUAGUAACAGAUCACAUAUUGUGAAGCUACCAGUGAAUAGGCAACUAAAGUUUAUGCACACUCCACACCAGUUCCUGCUUCUCAGCAGUCCACCAGCCAAAGAAUCCAAUUUUCGAGCUGCUAAAAACCUUUAUGGAAGUACCUUUGCAUUUCAUGGUUCACACAUUGAAAAUUGGCAUUCCAUCCUGAGAAAUGGCUUAGUUGUUGCUUCCAAUACGAGGCUGCAGCUCCAUGGUGCAAUGUUUGGAAGUGGCAUCUACCUUAGUCCAUUGUCAAGCAUAUCAUUUGGUUACUCAGGGAUGAACAAGAAGCAGCAGAAGGUGUCAGCUAAAGAUGAACCAGCUUCAAGCAGUAAGGGUAGCAACACAUCACAGUCACAGAAGAAAGGACAACAGUCACAAUUUUUGCAAAGCCGUAACUUAAAAUGCAUAGCCUUAUGUGAAGUGAUAACCUCAUCUGAUCUGCACAAACAUGGAGAGAUUUGGGUAGUUCCCAACACAGACCACGUGUGUACAAGGUUUUUCUUUGUUUACGAAGAUGGUCAAGUGGGUGAUACAAGUAUAAAUACACAGGAACCGAGCAUUCAUAAAGAGAUUCUUCGAGUCAUUGGCAAUCAAACUGCUACUGGUUAAAAGGACCACUCUUAUUUAAUUGAUGUGGUUUGGAAGCCUUCCUCAGUCUCAAAGCUGGAUUUUGAACUGAAGAAGAUGCAAAAAAACCCUAAUUUAUUAUUAUUAUUCUAAGCAAAUUAACCCUUUGAAUACUUACUGUUUUCUUACUUAGUGUUUCUUAUCUCAUCAAAAUACCUGAGAUGGUAUGAAUUAACAACUGUUGGGGUGCAAAGUCGAUUAACAUACAACAACUAACAAUAAUUAAACAGGCAUUUGGGUUGCUCACAAUAAACAGACUUUAAAAAAAGGAGUUUUGUGCUGAUAUUUUUAUAUUAAAUUAUUCAGUUGGAGGUUUUAGUACUGUAUACUGGUAUUUUAAAUUUAGAAUGACUGAAUUAUGUGCAAGUGAGAAGAUUUUAUAGCGGAGCAAUUGUAUUAUGCAGGAUACUUUGCAAUAAGUAAAAUAUUCUCAUAUAUUUAAACACAAUAAAGAAUUGUCUGGAAAUGUCAAAUCAAAGAGAUUGGUUACCUGCAGCUAUCUUCAAUUCAUUUCAUUUUACAGAGGCGCAGCCAGGAUUUAGAAUCAAAGACAAAAUAGUGCAGUUUUGGCAUAGUGUGUGAAACAAAGAAAACUAAUGACCCUGAGGAUGUAUGUUGAAACACCGUCAUAUCCACUCAGCAGCUCAAUUAAAAUUUUUAAUUAAGCAAGCUUAGCAAACAUCUAGAAAUCAGAAGCUAUUAACUUUCUUCUUACAAAUUUGUUUUUUAUACACUAGAUUUAAUAAGUUUUUUCGAAUGAGUAAGGUCCUUCAGCUUUUCCAUCUUGACUUCUGUGAGAUUAUUUAGUGGUUAAAUUUAGCCAGAUAGGCAAAAGUACCUGCUAAAUUAUAGCUUUAACAUGAUUGAGUUAAUUGUUAUUUCUACCAGGAAACGUAAACACAAAAUAUACUGAUAUCACCAAGUGAAAGUCUUUUUAUUAAUUUAUUCCUAAGGAAAAACAAACCAGUUCACAUCUUUGGUGUUUGAACUAGCAGCUACUUUUUCCAAGUAAGCACAACGGCAACGUGGGUCGGGGCCUAGUCUCCAAAGCCUAAAGUAUAUCCUGUGCCCUGGGCAGCUCUCAUAGCAGCCAUCCUGCAGCAUCUCACCUUACAUAUGGAGAGCAAUUCAACUUGCCUAUCUGUGCCCUGAGAAAGGGCUGAAGUCUGGGACAACAAAAGAUGAUCAUGAGUAAGACAUAAUAUGAUGAGCAUAGGCAUUACAAUUCACUAAGGUACCGUUAGCAGCUCAAAUCCCCCCAUUUGUGGGGUGGGGAAAAGGGAUGGGGCUAACAAAUCACCAGUAUUGUGCCUGGGGGAACUGGGCCAUCUGGAAGGCCAAUCUCCAAGGACUUAAGCCCAGUAUUGCAAGCAAAGCAAUGGAAUGAAAUGACAGUUCACUUGCUACACAGUAACUCAGUCAAUUUUUUAAUUAGACAAAAUGGGAAACCUCUUGGUGUUACUUCAUUUACAGGUGGAAAUAAGUCUUCAGAUUGCUCCCCUACAGAAGUCUUUGUUCUUAUUGGUGUUUUUUUUUUUUUAAAGAUUAAGGAAAAGGGAGGGUUCUGUGUGGACUUACUUGUCAGUCACAAAUAGAUAGCCUCUCUGCAGCAAACUUCAAAAUUUAAACAAAUAAUAAUUGAAACAAAUAUAGUCUUUUUACAAAUAGCUUUUAAUCACAGAGAAAAAAGAGCCCCAGACUCUAUUACUCUUCUUGGUAGAAAUCUCCAUGAAGCUGUGACUCUAUUCAGCAUGGAGCAACUGAAGGAGUUCCUGAGAUGGAACUUUCUAACUUAUUUCUACAUCCCACACCAAAUUAAAAACCCACAAAUCUGAGGGUUUGAUGGAGAAAUUAUGUUAAUAUUUUAAUGUUGCACCCUAAUUAGAAAUUGACAUAUUUGUACUUCUGUAAGUAUUUUAAACAUUGAGAAAGGAAUCAAAAAAGAUGCUUUUAAACCUUUCUUGAAAUUCAGUAUUUAGCAUUCAAGGGGUUAAGCAACUUGGGUUAUUUUCUUAUAUUAUAUAUGAUCAGCAUAACUAUUUUCUUCAGCAGUACUAAGCUGUUUUGAUCACCUAAGUAUUUGGCUCUGCAUUACUAAUAAUAUAAUAGCCAAUUUGUAUGAUAUUCUGCUUAAUGUUUUAGAGGAACUAGUUGAUCACACCAGAAUUGUUUAUGCUUGUGUUUUCUCUAAAGCCCUUGAAAAACUGUUACUGAUGCUGUAUAAUUUUAAUAUUAUAGCUGUUGGUACUAAAAAUGCAUCUGUUGAAUAAUGCUAAGAUUAUGCUUUUGUUAAUACAAACAGAAGAUCACUUCCAAAUGAAGACUUUAGGCUUAGAUCAAUAGUACUAUGCUUAUAAAUAAUUUUCUACUUUGGAAAUAUUUAGCAUACUUUCAACAUUGAUAAGUACAAAGUGGAAAAAAAAAAAACAAAAACAAAAGCGUUAACCAAAAUAAAGAGAAUCGUGAUUUUGAAAGAAACUAAAAAAUUAAAUAAAUAUAGGAAGAGUGUAUAGUGACUUUAGCAUUAUAUUAACUAAAACGGAUUUCUUCUUGGUUGUAGAAGAUAAAAGUCAAAUUAAAAGAGUACUUGUUGUGACUGAUAGGGUCAGUCAGAGCAAAAGCACUCUGUAAUCUUAGCAUUUUCAAAGCAUGCAGGUUUGGGGUCUGACCUCGCAUUGUGCUAUACAUCCACUGCAGGUGCUGGGGGUUAGGCCCUUGAACAAAUGUAGGUAUUUUUUGUACAUGUAAUUCCUGGCUCUUGUGGUAAGUGUUUAACAGCCCUCUGAUGCCAAGGCCUGCAGCUACUGGCAUCAGCAUGAAAGAUCCACGCUUGGGUAUGCCUUGGCCUGGCUUCUGCUACCUGAGAGCAGGGCAGCAGCAGAGACCUCAGUGGUGAGCAUGGCAGGGAGAAAAGGGCAUGAGAGGUCACAGAGGUCAGGGCUGAGCCUCGCUGUGCCCUCACGGGGCCUGCGCUUGUUUUGUGGAGUGCAGCAGGGUGCAGCACUGCGCAAAGCUGCCGUGUGCAAACUGCAGCUUGGGUUGGGUGUCCUGCUGGCGUCCUUGUUAGUUCUACCAUAAGGGCAAAGAGGAGCCCGUGGGUUAAACGUAGCAAAGCUGUUUGUUGGCAGAGUGGAUAAAACAAGCAUAGGGCUGGAAGCGGUUUGAAAAGUAUCUCGAGUGCAGUCAGCCAGGGCUGUAUUAAUAACCAAAUUUAUUCCUUAAAGCACUGAGGAGUAGAGGUAAGCUCAUACCUCAGAGGGGAUAAAUAAAUAAAAUUUAAAGCAAGGCAGCUCUCUGCAUGCGCAGUGUCACGUACAGUGCACGAGGCUGUCUGUCACAAGGGGAUCGAAUCUCUGGAUUCGGCUUUGGACACUUCGGGUGUGAAGUGCGGGGCUCCAACACCUCAUCAUGGGGUCAGUUCUGGCCGCUGCCAUGAGCGGGUGAGUGAAAUACCGAGCUGCUCCCUGGUGUGAGGAACGCCGGAUGGUUGGGUGUUCCUGGUCUGCCAGGGAAUGGCAAUGAUGUAUAUUACAGCCCAUUACACUUUGCAUUGGGGUUUUGUAUGAUAUACUAGGCAUAAGAUUUUUGUAAUGAGAAAACAAAAUAGAAUUAAAGUAGUAGUUAGUUCAACGUAUCUAAUGUGUGAAAAAGCUGUUGAAAAGUAGAUUACAUUUAGUGUUUACCAGCAAGUCAGUAAAAAUAGUCCUUAUACACAUAUAAUUUAAUGUCCUGAAGAUAAUUUUAUAUUUACCCAAUAUGUAUUGUAUCUUUGAAUUUUAAGAAGCAUCCACUCCUUUCUGUAUACAUAAAAUAUGCCUAUGUUUCUUUUAAGUCUACAACCUUUUUUUCUCUGAAUAAAUAUAUUAAAUUCCGUGCACAAAAUAGUACCGCCGCCUGCUAUUUAGCCUAUGGUGCCUUAGAGUUACUACAGAUAUUCAACAAAAUGUACAUAAUGUAAAUACUGCCAGAAGAUCACUAAGGCCAAAUAUUUUCUCUAUUCACUUUUUACUGCACUUGCUUUCUAUUGCUAUUUAAGCCUCUUUUAUCCAGAUUUGUAACAGUUACAACAUUGUAGCCAAUGUAAAUGUUUACUUUCAAUAAAUCAGAAUUUGUUCAAUAA